UCCACAUCCGGCUCGAAGAUGGCGGAGGAUAUGUUUGGCGAUUCCUCUCUCUUUGACGAAUUCGAAAAAGAGCGAGAGUCGUCAGGAAGCUUUAUAUUAUAUAAAGUUAAUGAUGAAGGAGAAGAAGACAAAAGUAGAAUUCUUUUUCGGAUGGGUGAUUCCGAGGAGAGCGAAUCAUCAUCUGACGAUGAUUCCGGCGAAAGUGAAAAUGAAAACAACGGAGUUGACCAACUUGAUGAUGCUGAAGAGAAACACGAGGAAACAUCGAUUCAAGUAGACGGCAGUGACAUCGUUAAUGGAGGAAGUUAUCACAUUAAGAAUCGCCAAUCUGCCGAUAGAAAUACCGAGUAUAAGCUGACACAUGAACGCAAUAAGUUUGAGAGAUAUGCAAGAGUUAUUGACUCCACAAGAUUUACUGCAGACUCCAACAGUCCUGCUUGUCAGAUUAUAUAUCAGAAUAACGACUUUUCCAGGAAGUAUCGUACAUCAAUUGAACAGUACAUAAUGCAUCUGAUCAACAGAGAGGAACAAAGCAAGAGAGAGAGAUUGCCAGAUAUACAGCUCAAGUUACAUUCUGACUGUUUCAGAGCUCAAAUCCUGACAUGCCUUGAUUUGAACAGCAAGCUGACUGGUAAACAACGAACCAUGAAAAUGUGGACUUCUCAUGCGAUCAUUGGGAGCAGUCAGUUCCACAGAGAUUUUGUUAUUGAUCCAUUAGGAUGGCCACUAGUGUCCAAUAACCCUUCCCUCACAGACAGCUGGGAAGCUCCCAAAUAUGAACAGGUAUACACAGAUCCACUCCCAUUAGCAGAGGAGGAGUUGGACACCAGUGCUAGUAAACCCCCAAGACAAAAGCAAACAUGUUUUAACUGCUGUGGUGAACACAUGAUAGCUGAUUGUCCAGAGCCCAAAGACUUCACACGUAUCAGACAGAACAGAGACAAAUUCCGUCAGGAUAGUGUGUCACAGAAACCAACGUCCAAAAGAUAUCACUUAGACAAAUCUUUCCAAUCCGAAAGCAACAGUUUUGUACCAGGUGUUAUCAGUGAAGAACUGAUGGAUGCACUGGGGAUCACGUCGCGCUAUCUUCCCUCAUAUAUUUACAAGAUGAGGGUUCUGGGGUAUCCACCAGGCUGGUUGGAGGAAGCCAAAGUACAGAGCUCUGGACUUGUCUUGUUUGACGGCGAAGGAAAUGAGGUGGAUGCAAGUGGGAAAAGCAUGGAAGAUGGUGAAGUCAGUGACAGUGUUCCUAACAAAGGCCAGAUAGACCCUGAGAAGAUUAUAGCAUAUCCUGGUUUUACUGUGGCGGUACCACCAGACACCAUAGAUGAAUAUGAGGAGCUCGGAGCACCCCCACUACAGGAUCACCAAUUGAAGAGCACUCUCACUGCCCAGCUAUCUGGCAUGAAAAGGAAAAUUGAAGAGGUUGAGGAGGAAUCUAGAAAGAAGAGGAGGAAACGAGAAAAGGCCAGCUUGGAGGAGAUGGACUUGUCCGAUGGAGAGGAUGCUAAGAACAGGUCGAUUGACAAUGAUUGCUUUGUUCCACCCCUGCCCAUGGAUACACCGCCGUCAAAACCACCACCUCCAGACAGUACGCCUCCCGUUACUCCUGACACCGUGAAACCUAAACGAUUGCCUCUCACUGGAGAACCACCACUGCCACUUAAUACCCCUCCAGGCAAACCCCCCAUUCCUAAGGAAACCCCACCUCCAACUCCGGAAGGAAUGACUCCAGCAAAGCAUGUGUCUGAAGAUCGAGAGAAGUCGCCAUCACUAGAAGACCUGGAACAGCAGUAUCAGUUGCUACAGGAAAAGUUGUGUGAAGAUGAUGGUGAUAAAGAGGUGGAGCUACAGGUGAUUGACAGCUGUGGACCCGAAGAUGAUGGCUCGGCUACUUCUAAAGAUCAACUGUCUAAGUCUAGCUCUGUAGAGUCUGGCAGCAGCUCUCAAGAUCUCUCUCGGAGCCAAAUGUCUAGGAUGGGUUCUACGGCUUCCAUCACCUCCUUUGGAGAGUUGGGUAGAGGAAGUCCAACUUCCUCACUUCCUGGCACGCCACUUGUGGAACAAAGUAGUAACUUUACAGAACUCAAUUUUACCUUUAAAUCCACAACUGGAUCCAUAUCUCGGGACUUUGGCACGCCCAUACAAAAGAGACAGGGUGUUGCUAGUGAUCUGCCUGACGCAGACAAAUUCGGAGAAGGGAUUAUGGAUCACAUUCCGUAUGAAAAUCUCCCAGAGGCCACUGGUACCUUUGAAAAAAUGCGUGGACUUAUUGACAGAAUACGCACUAAAGUUAGCCUCCGAAAAAAGAAGAAGUCCUGACCAAUGUCACGUUAUCAACAUACCUAGCCUUGACAUGUAUCACUCCUCACCCCAUCGCUACAUACGUCAUGAUGUCACACAGGUGAUUGUCCUGUCACAUUUGUGAUUGUCCUUACCAUAUACAGAAUUUUCAUGGAUCUGUUAAACAAAUGAUGUCAUCAUCAUACUGUAUUGUUGUUAAAUUUCAUAGGGAUAAUAUUUUGAAGUUGCCCCAAUCAGACCUACAAAUGUAGUUCGUGAAUUUGUGCGAGCAUGGCUUGUAAACAUUAUACAGUAAACAGUUACAUACAUAUACAUAUAUAUUCACGGAGUAUUUAUUUACUUGCUACAUUUUAAAAUACUAUCCACAGUGAUUGUAUGGCAGAGAAAUCUCAAUCCGUCUGGGUGAAAUUUGUACAUCUAAUCCUUCGCCGGAAGUAACAUUGGGUUAGAAUUUUUGUUUUUAAAUAGCGCCCCCUCCAGUUUGGAUAAUUGUUGUCAUACCUUCAUUCUGUUGUAGAUGUUAUUUGGCUUUAGAAUACAGAAAUAGUAAUCUGGCUUUUGAUAUCUAAUUGAAUGUUUGUAUGGUCAGAUAUCUUGGUUAUUAGUUUCCCCCUGAUACUGGGUGAGGGUACUAGUCUAUAGCUUCAAGAUUGUAUUCUCGCCCUUUCACACCCUAUCUUGUCGGGGCUGUAUCACCUUCAGUACUACUUGUUAUUCUGACCUGUAUUUUGACCUUUGACCUACACUAAGAAAAGAAGUUCAUUCUUGGCAUAUAACUCCACAUUUGGCGGGGGACUGUAAUUUUUCUGCAUAGCUACCAUACAAGAUUGUAAUGUUGUGGUUCAAAGACAUUAUGUAAUGAUCAGAUCAUUUCUUAGUGGUUUUUUAACCUUUGAAAAUGCAUUAUGUUUUCAACAGUUUGUUCAGUACAAUGAUGGGAUGUAACCUUGUUUCAUCAAAAUGUUUGGUUACCUCCAUAGAUUGAAGUUAAAACUAUCAGAAAGCAUGUUUCCCUUUAAGAAGGACAAAUCAUGAUAGAAUAAUCAAAUAGGAUUUAGUCGUAUGUCUUUUGAUCAAAGGGUAAAUAUUGGACAUAAAGGGAGAUGACCCUUCUCAAAGAGGGAGAUUUUACAUGAAUGGUUUAAUGCCUUGUUAAUAUAUGAAUCGACUGUAAAUAUAAUUUCUGGGUGAAAAAAAAAGAAAUAGAGUUAUUGAUUGCUUUAAUAGGUGAUUACCAAGAGGUAAGUACUUGGUACUAACUACAUGUAGUUAUGUUACUUUAUAUAGAUAAGUGUUCUAUUAUAGCUGUCAAGAAAAGAAUACAAAUUCUUUAAAAGUAUUACAUGAAAAUAUGAUUAAAAAGGAAAAGUAUGGUUACCGUACUUUUCAUAAUUUCCACAAAUAAAGGUUUUCUAGUUUUGAAUAUAUGGUAAAAUUGUGCAAGUGAAAACAACUGAGAAAAACCACAACCGAAUGAAAACAUACCGACACAAAUACAAGUGAUAUAUUUAGAUUUAUUAAACGAAAAUCUCCUGAUUUGUGGAUUCAUUAUCAGAGAUUGAAAAAUUGGAACAACAUUUUUGAGGAUAAGAAAUUUGCAUUAAAAUUCUGGCAUUUGUCAUUCUUGCUUUUCAUCUUCACUCACUAAAUGAUCAGAACUUAUGGCAGCUUAUAAUCUCUGGUAGUGGUAAUCAUUGGUGUAGCUCUGCAGAUAAGUGGAUUAAAUUCAUGCUUUUAAGGAUGAAAAGAAAUAGUUGUAAAAAGAUGCCCAUCCUUCGAGUAGGAAUAUUAUUUGUUACUAAUAAGAAUGUAUUCUUGUUCAAAAUGUCUUAAAGUAUCCACAAAAGUGGCCUUGUGGAAGUCGAGGUUGGGUCAGAUUUUAAAGGUAGAAAUAUCAAUUUUAUGUUGUGUGUGUUAGUAUCCCGGAACAUUGUUCUGCUUAUUACUAAUGCAGGAACUGGUGUUUUGGAAAAAAAAAAUUGAUUUUAUAAUUAUGUUCGAACUAUAUUUUUGGGAAAUAUCCCAAAAUCUUACUCUGUAUUGUUUGUAAAAAAAAGUUUAAUACACGUAUAUAAAUAUAAUCUAAAAGUCGGUAAUCUAAUUGUGCACCUUUCCUAUUCCCAGGUUUUAAAUUAAAAGAUAUUUUGAUUUAGGAUUAAUUCUCUUAAUCAGCUGCUGUAGGUUUUAUUCUUAUUUUAUCAAUCUAAUCUCUUUGAUCAUCGCCUUUUCUGUGGUUUUAAUUCGAUUAAAAAAAACCAAUGUGGUCCUUUUCAAUUUCUAUGUCUUGAAAGUACAUAGUGAUGUUUGAAACUCGGACCCUGUUUGUAGUGAAGGUUUUCUUCCUAGUCGUUAAAAGUCGUAGUCGCUUCAGUCACCACCACAGGGGUUUUAUUAGAUACUAUAAUACAUAUAUAUAUAUGGACUGUCGUUUGGACAAUCGUGCCAAGCCCCUGUGGUCACCACAAUGUUGGCUGAAGUGUUGGUUCGAUUCUUUUUUACAGAUAUGUUAUUUUGAGAUACGGUAUAAGUCAUUGGUGAGUGAAAUAAUACAGGCAGAUGUUAUUUACAUGGUCUGUAAAAAAAAUGACAGAGUGGAAGAUAUAUCAUUUGAUAUUGUAGAAUAUAUGUAUAUUGUAAAGUCGUUUUUGAUAUAGAACAGAAAAAUUAAACAAUUAAAAAGAAAAACAAUUUGUACGA